UAAGUUGCUCGUCUGCCCGUGAACGACCCCUUGAUAAGAAGUCGCUGCUUUUUAAGCAAACGUUCUGCCAAUUUUGCAAUCAAGUUAAUAGUUAACAAUGUUCCGCCUACAACAAUCACAGCCCGAUCCCGCAGAGGAACAAAAGCGAGUUGCCGCUGAGGUGCGAAACAAUUUUAUUAUGUUUGGAGCGCUGUGCAUAGCCAUUCGACUUGCUCCAAUUGUACUGCAACACCUGAAGAAUGCGUAGAUGUAAGGUAUUUGGAACUAGAUGAAGGGCGCUACAUACUAAUAUAACAUGUAAAGAUGCAUUUAGCUCUUAAGCACGUGCAUCAUAUGCGGCAGCUUCUCAAUUACUUUUAAUGAGCCAAAAGAGAAUCAAUGUUGACUAUGCACACACCUUAGUGCUUCUAAUAAACAGCAACUGUAACUGUAAUGUAGUUAAGUCGUUUCAAACUAAUAAAUGAAAUAAAAGUACAA